AUGGAGCUUCUCCCUGUUGAAGUCGUUGGCAACAUUCUUUCCCAUCUUGGUGUUGCACGUGAUGUCAUGGUUGCCUCUGCGGUAUGCUGCAAGUGGCGAGAUGCAUGCAGGAGGCACCUCCGUUCGCUGUCCUUCAACUCCGAUGACUUUCCACGGGACAUGACUACACGUCAGUUGGAGAUUGUCAUCACACAAACUAUAUUUCAGACUAUGGGGCUGCAAUGCGUUUCGAUUCAUAUUGAUAACACUCAUGAGUUCUCUGCAGCACCAGUGAUUGCAUGGCUCAUGUAUACCAGGGAGACACUCCGGAGCUUGUCUUACAAUGUCAGGACAAUACCCAAUGUAAACAUUCUUGAAAAGUGUGGUAUGCAGAAGCUCGAGGUGCUAGAUUUGGAUCAUAACACCAUCACAGGUGUUGAACCAAGCUAUCAGAGGUUCACUUGUCUGAAAUCCCUUUCCCUGAGUCAUGUCAGCAUUUCGGCCUUGGAUUUGAGCCUUUUAGUUGCUGCUUGCCCAAGAAUAGAGUCAUUAGCACUUGAUGUCCUUGAGAUUGUCACUUCAGACUCACAAUCUACGAUGGAGCUCACAAGCCAUACAUUGAAAAAUCUCUUUGCAAAAUCGGUAGGUGUAGAUAAGAUCAUACUUGAUGCAGAUAAUUUGGAAGUUCUGCACCUGGAUGCUUUAAAUCUUGAUCUGUUUGAGCUUAACGGGAAAGGAACACUAAAGCAUCUUAAGAUUGAUGAUGUCAGUGUUACUCAUUUGGAUAUUGGGGACAAUACUGAUCAUUUGGAGGCAGUAGACGUGAGCAACUUCACAAUAGUCUGGCCAAAAUUCUAUAGCAUGAUAUCCAGAGCAUCUAAUUUGCGUAUGCUACGAUUUUGGGGUGUUGUGUUUGAUGACGAGGAUGAGAUUGUGGAUUCAGAAACUAUAGCUGUUUCAUUUCCUCUUCUGAGGCAUCUUUCAUUGAGUUAUGAAUUACGAGAUGGGUUACUUCACUACAGCCUUCAGGGAUCAUCACCACUGGAGAAUGUCUCAGUUCUGGAACUUGGUUGGACAGUAAUAAGUGAGCACUUUGGACCCUGGGUGUUUGGUAUGAUUGGAAGGUGUCCAAAUCUCAAGAAACUUGUUAUUCAUGGUGUUCUUUCUGAAGCAAAAACGCGAGAGGAGCGCCAGAUGUUAGCAAGCUUUACCUCAUUCAUAGUCUGCCUCAUGAGGAAGUAUGUGCAUGUCGAUGUACAAUUUGAGUAUGAGUGA